UAUAGUGCAUUACCUAUGUGGUAAGGCAAUUUAAUCGCAAUCUGCCGUUUUAUCAGUUAUCACUGCAGUCGGAUGCUCUAAGGAACAGUUUUUUUUUCGAGAUCAUUUGUCAACCUAAUUUUAUGUUAUUCGUAAAAUAUCACAACGCAUAAUAUUGGGUUUAUUACAAUAUACAUGAUGACGAAUUUGUGGUUUUUGUUGCUGUCGUUGCUGAUCUUUUGCAUAGCUAUGGYAGCGUAUGGGACAGAUUUCAUACGAACUCCGACUAGGAAUCAGCUGCAAAUAUCACCCACAAAUUUUAACAUGGGUUUUGAAGGUAAAAAUACUAUCAAUAAUUAUUUAUUAAAUUCACGAAAAAACAGUAUUGCAAAAACAACUGUCGACGCCAYGAACAAAAAUUGGAUACGGAAACUUUCAACGCAAAAAGUUAAGGGAUCAAAUAAGAUAAUCGAGAACGGUGAAAACAUUCAAAAUCGUUUCGUAAAYGAUACCUUUCUAAUUAAAAACGUUCAAAUGGUUUUGAUAAGACCCAAGUUGAGGCAGUGUCCAGAAGGAAUGGUUCGAGACAAUAGAGGAAAAUGUGCUCUUAAGUUUUCGGAUGGUUGAAAAUAUGGUACCUAUCUGCAUAUACAAUAAAAAUAUUAAUAAAAAAUUAUUAAUUAUAAAUAGGAAACUGUAAUCUAUUUACAUCUAAAACAAAUUAAUUUUUUUUUUGUAAAUUUUCUAUCGAAAUCGUUAAAAUGUCUAGCAACUCAUUCAAUUAUAAUAAAACCCGAUUCCAUACUGAA